AUGCCAACCGACAACACUCGUCUCGACGUUGAAGCCUUAAUUGAGCAGCUUAGCUGGGAUGAAAAAAUCGAGCUACUUGCCGGCCAAGGAUCUUUUCGGACCACCGGUCUCCCUCAUCGUGGAAUUCCCGAACUUAUUACGGGCCCCAUGGAAUCCGCGGCCGCCGUUCAUUUGCUCGGGUAUGGCUUCUUGGCCAUCCAAUACAUACUAACAGUUGUCGAUCCCCAGAACCCAAGCCCCAUGUUGCCGUCUGCCACUGGUAUGGGAGCAACCUUCAAUGUCGAACUACUGCACAAAAUUGGGAAUAUUCUUGGUGAAGAAGCUAGAGCAAGAGGAGUACACGUUCUACUUGCUCCCACAAUCUGUCUCCAGCGUUCGCCGCUGUUUGGACGAGGCUUCGAGGCCUUUGCCGAAGACCCUUAUCUGAGUGGCAUCCUUGGGGCCGCCUACAUCAAUGGCGUACAAGAAAGAGGAGUUGCGACCAGCGUCAAGCACUACGCCGCACACGAUCAGUCCGAUAACUCCAUUGAAGACAACGUCUGCAUGACGCAGCGGACAUUGCGUGAGGUCCAUCUCAUGCCGUUUCAGCUGGUCAUGCGCGACUCGGAUCCCUGGACUUUUAUGACUUCAUACAAUAAAAUCAACGGAGUCCACGUCAGUGAAGAUGCUUUUCUUCUCAAGCAGGUUUUGCGAGACGAAUGGGGUUUUCAAGGACUCGUUAUGAGCGAUUGGUUUGGCACGUACAGCACUUCAGAAGCUUUAAAUGCCGGCUUGGACUUGGAGAUGCCUGGACCGACGCAGUGGAGGGGAAAGUGUCUAAGUUUGGCGGUUAACAGUCGAAAAGUUCCCCGCGCAGCAAUCGACGAUGCUGUAAGACAUGUUCUGAAUCUUGUUAACAAGGUCACGGAUACGACACCUUCUAGUUAUCUCUCGGCAUCGAAUACACCGGAGCAACAAGCGCUGAUUCGCAAGUUGGUCUCGGAAAGCAUUGUCUUGCUCAGGAACGACCGCAAAGUGCUUCCUAUCAACAAGACAGAGAAGAAGAGGAUUGGUUUGAUUGGUGACCACGUCAAGAAUCCCGCCCUCAGCGGAGGCGGAAGUGCGGAAGUUGAACCCUACUACUCUGUGUCACCGUUUGAUGCCAUUGUAGAGGAGGUCGGCAAGGAAAACGUGGCAUACGCCUUAGGGUGUCAUUCUUUCAGAUUUAGCCCGCUUCUCAAAAACCUUGCACCCUCAGAGGCGCGACAUGGGGGUUUUGGGUGGUCCGUCGAGGUCUUUGGAGAAGACCCUGAAGAAAAUUCUAGUGCCAAAGUCCUUGUGUCGGCCCAUGCACAAAAGGAGUUGAUUGACGUACCUGAAAGUUUCCAUGCAUCCUUACCGAAGAAGUUUUAUGCCAGAGCUCGAGCAAACUAUACUCCUUCUACCUCGGGCCUCUUCCGUUUUGGGUUCAGCACCUCUGGCAAAGGCAAGCUGAAAAUCAAUGGCAAAGAAGUCGUUGAUUUAUGGACUGAGCACCCGGUCAAAACGGGACCUACGCCAUGUUUCAAUCGACUUUCGAUGGAGAGGUUUUAUGACAUGGCGAUCACUGAGGGGCAACCCAUCGCCCUGGAAGUCAUUCAAGUAAACGAAGAUCUUUCCGGGGGCGUCGGUACCGCAUUGACCCUUGCAGGACGUGUCGGUGGAUUUGAAGUGAUCGAUGAAGAUCUUGCCAUCAAAGAAGCUGCAGACCUUGCAAAGACUGUUGAUGUUGCAAUCCUUGUGGUUGGCCUAUCCUCUGAUUUCGAGUACGAGGGAGCGGACCGUAAGCACCUCAGGCUUCCCGGUCGCGUUGAUGACUUGAUCCAAGCCGUUCUCAAGGCCAACCCAGAUGUUGUAAUUGUCACCCAGUCUGGUUGUCCAAUCGAGAUGCCCUGGGAAUCUGAGGCAGCCACUCUGGUUCACGCAUGGUUUGGCGGUCAAGAGACCGGACAUGGUAUCGUGGACGUUCUCUUUGGUAACGUCAAUCCCUCUGGCAGACUUUCUCAGACCUUUCCAAAGUCCAUCAAACAUACACCCGCGUACCUCACAUUUUCGAAAGCCGACUACGACAUUGUAUACGGCGAAGGAGUAUUUAUCGGCCAUCGAUACUACGAAUCGGUUGAUAGGGACCCGCUCUUCUACUUUGGACAAGGGCUUUCCUACUCGACGUUCAAGUACUCGAGACUUGAGGUACCUAGAAGCUUCGAGCCUUUUGCAGAGCACCAAAUGAAGAUCUCAGUUGAUGUGAAGAACACCGGACCGUACGACGGCGCCGAGGUGGUGCAGGUCUACAUCUCCGACCCGGAGAGUACGCUUUUGAGACCUGUACGAGAGUUGAAGGCCUUCGCGAAGACAUUCAUAGCUACCAAGGAGACUAAAACUGUUGAAAUGGUUCUUGACAAGUAUUCUCUUUCUUACUGGUCUCAAGAGAGAUCUAAGUGGAUUGCAGAGGCCGGAGAGUACAUCGUCAUUGUUGCUUCAAGUUCCAGGCCAGAGGAUGAGAUAUCGCGCGCUAGUUUCAACCUCUCAGAGACAUUCUUUUGGAAAGGCAUAUGA